GCGCACCGCGCUGUGGUUCAUGGCCCCAACGGGAAGCGAGCAGCGAACCCCGCUGUCUCGCUCCCCGCGGCGGCUUUCUCGCAGCCCAGCCCAGGGAGCUCGCUCGGAGGCUGCGAACCGCCUCCGGGUUUAUUCAUGGCAGCGAUGUCCCCCCAGCAGGAGACUACUCUAGGGGGGCCGCAGCCAGGGCGCUCCAUCACCCUGGCCAGAGAAGCGUCCAGGACCGCCGCAGGCUUCCUAAGCGCCCAGAAAAUGAAAGUGGCGAGUAAAAGCGAACCAUCAAUUCAUACAGAGAGCUGGCCAAUGGUGAGUCCCUCUGCCAGCAGGGAUUUAGCCACAAUAUCAUCUCUUGACUCCGCCGACAGAACGCUCUUAAUUGAAGGCCAUGUAGAAUUAAAGAAAGAACUAGAGAGACAGGAACGUCAUCUAUUCUUGUAUAAUGAUUUAUUAGUUGUUGCUAAGAUCAAGUAUAAUAAUAAUUUUAAGAUCAAAUAUAAAAUAAAGUUGUGUGAUAUGUGGAUGACUAAUUGUACAAAUGAAGCUGGAGAACAUAAUAUCAACAUGACAAAAUCUUUUAUCAUUGGAUGGCCUGUGGUCAAUUUUAUAGUCACAUUCUGUUCUGCUGAACAGAAAGAUUCCUGGUUCUCUCUACUAAAAAGAUUCAUCGCUAUAGAGAAAGAGAAGGACUUUCCUGUGACAAUUCCUCUAAAAGUGGACUUCUUGGAGACAGGAAAUGGUGUUAAUACCAAAACCCUAUCAGUCAAGAAUUCUGAAACUGCAAAGGAAAUCAUUUACUUGGCUCUGACUGCUGUCGGGAUAAAUAGCUCAGAUUCAGAGUACCAACUGUGGGUCACUUCUGGGAGAGAACCAGCACCCUACGCGUUGAUAGGCCAUGAAUACCCAUAUUCGAUAAAAAUGAAUCACAUUCGGGAUAGCAUCGUGACACAGGGCUUGAAGGGCACCCCAAUUAACAGUCUGCAGGAGUUUUUGCACAUGGAACCAGUGCCCCAAGAAAUGAGGUGUCAGUUCACAAUUAAACCAAGCCGCCUGGAUGCUCUUGUGCCAGUAACUGACUCUGCACAGAAGCCUCAGAAGAGAAGGAGAUCCCUUAUAAAUUGGAAUUUUUGGCGUGGUUCUGAAACACACCUUGACAACAUACCUACUGUAUCAUCACCAGGAAAGCUUUUUGGAAUUUCUUUGCCUCUGAUUUGUGAAAAUGACAGUCUUCCAACACCAAUAGUGGACAUGUUUGUUCUACUAUAUGAGAGGGGCCCCCUAACAGAGGGCAUUUUCCGGAAAUCUGCAAGCAUAAAAGACAGUAGGGAGUUAAGAGAUAAAUUAAAUUCAGGUGCUGACAUAAAAUUUGAUUCCGAGUCAUUAUUCGUGGUGGCUUCAGUAUUUAAGGAAUUUUUAAGGAGUAUUCCAGAAAGUGUAUUUUCUUGUCAACUUUAUGAAGAAUGGGUACACGUAUUGGAUGAAGAAACUAAAGAAGAGCAGAUACGGAAGGCACAUGGCCUUUUAGGCCAACUCCCAAGAGCCAACAUUAUAUUCUUAAGCUACUUAUUCAGUGUGCUUUAUUGUAUUGAACAAAAUUCACCGAUAAACCAGAUGAAUGCUUUCAAUCUGUCAGUGUGUAUCGCACCCAGCCUUUUAUGGCCACCUCUGUCAAUAGAAUUGGGGACGGAAGUUACAAAAAAGGUAUCCCAACUCACACAAUUCUUGAUUGAAAAUGCCUGUCAAGUCUUUGGAGAAGAAAUCUUUGCACUUUUUGGAGAGGUGUCAGGAACAUACAAUAGAAAGGAAUAUAUCCCAGACUCACAGAUGGAUUCCUCUUACAAUGGUUUGGAUAAAGAAUUAGAAGAUGAUUACUACAUAGAUGCUCCCAAACAUAAUGUCCUGAAGGGGGUAGAUAGCAGAAGCCUGGCUUCUAUACUCACAUAUAAUGACGACUGCAAUGUGGACACUCCCGAAACCAGUUUUAUGACAGUCAGCAAUUCAAGUUUACCAUAUUCCAGAGAAGACUUAAACAUGGAUGUACCAUUUAAGGAGAGAUCUUCGACCCCAGAUGUCUCUUCUAAGCUCCCUUCAGUUAUAUCUGCUUUUACAAUAGAAAAACAGUGUGCCAUGCACCAAAGGCAUAAUUCUGAACCAGUUCUUGACCGAAACCAUAGCCUGGAAGGCAAAGUUCUACCAGAAUCAUUCACAGAUUCUGCAUUAGCAAGUCCUGUGUUCAUUGAAAACACCCCCCUGGGUAAUCAUGUAGGAUCUUUUUCAGAGGGGAACCUAAUAAAACCAGAGGACAGGCAUGUGGCUCUAUCAAUAGAAACCACAUCCAUGGGGUUGGGCACAGCCACAGAUAAUGCUGCUCCCACUGGAAUACGUUUAAGGCGGUGCUCUGAGCCCACUGCUCACAACUUUAGCAUGAAGUUCUCAAACUUAAAAUUGUUCUAUCGAAAAAAGAUGCGCAAAUCCAAUGAUGACAUGACCCUUUCUCCCCCUCAACAAACAGAAAAGUUGGAGCCAAAACAGAGAACAGGCCUGAGGGCCAAAAAAUCUAUUUUUACCUUACAUAGAAGAAAGAAAGAUUUGACAACCAAUCAAAAGCAUUCUCCAAAGCCAGAUGAUUACCAGUGGAUAGUAGGUCAUGCUGGAAACCAGCCCACAGCCUCAGACCUGCCAGGCUGUUCCUCAGCACCCACAAAAACUGCCUUCCAUGGUUCCAAGAGGCAUCGGCAUUCCUCUGAACCUACCAGAGAUGAUGAAGGUCAUCCCUGCAGGAUGGCCUGCCUUGAGAGCACUUACUCCAAAAAAGUACAGCCAGUCAACGGUGACACCAAGCUUUCACGUAAAGAGGAAGACUGUCUAAAAAGGCACAAGUCUCUGCAGAUGGAGGGCCAAAAGUUGAUUAAUCAAAGUGUCAUAAUGGGCAUUCAAGUGGGUAAGAGCACCAUGAACCCCAAAGCAAAAGUGCUCCCUUCUAGUCUUAACAGCAGCCCCAUAGAUAGUAGUUUGUCUAGCUUCUCCUCCGUGGACACUUCACCCUUAGGCUCCUCCUUUAGCACUUGCUCUCAGACAUCCCAACACUCUGUAUUGAACACCACUGAAGCAGCCUGUCCCAUAGAACCGACAUUACAAGCAUCAGAGGAUCUUUUGGUGUACAAUACAAGCCAUGAACUAGAUAUGACCAUCCACUCAUCUGGGCAGGCUAGAACCCACCUGACACUUCACCCCACCAUGUGGCUGAGGAAUGGCUUAUCCAGCCUCAAAAGCUGGUCUCUGCACAAGGCCAGGUCCUCCAGACCAGUGGAAAAAACAUCAUCUGUAAGAGAAACUAUGAAGCUGCCUCCACUCAAUCCUGGCUCUCCAGAAAGCAGCCCAGUGGAGGAGACCAUAGAAGGUCACAAUUUUUCUGAACACCAAAAGAAGGCCCACCAGGAGGAAGGGAAUAGUGAGGCUAGCUAUGAUGGAAUAGUGACCCAAGAAAGAUCCCCCAUCUGCUUGAUGACACCCACUGCAUCUGAAGAUAAGUUUCAAAGCCAAGAUUUGGUCCCCCAACAAGGCAUGUGAUACUGGAGCUCAAAAUUUAACCAAAUAGACUUAAUUUAUCCACAUUCAUGAUGGGUGGCAGCAAGAUCAACCACUUAAAUAACGGUGACUUUUUAACAAAAUAAUUUAGAGUAAAAAUAUUCAAGGCAUACAUGUUUGGGAAAUUUUUCUUUUAGAUUAAGGGAUUAGUCCUAUAUGUCUUUUAAUGGUCUAGCAAAAAUAAUUAAAUUAA